UAGGCAUUAAUUACAACAACAAAAAAGGAGGCACACAUACUCUCUCACACACACACAACUAAUGCUGAUUGUUGGCUUGAUCACAAAGAAAGGAACAUCAUAUUGAACAUGGCGGAAACCGAGAAAUCUCGAGAUGAUCAACGAGGGAGCCACAAAUUGGACAUAAAACUCGGCGGCGGCGCUGUUGGAGUUGUUGUUCUGUUAGGCGGCGCGUUGGCUACCGCAGCCUUUGUGUUCGGCCAAAAGAGAUGGAGCUCCGGCAAGGAUAACCGCCGCCGGAAUUCAUCACCUGAGAUUGACGAGAAGAGAGAGAAAGAGCAUGAACGCAUAAGGAAAGGGGGAAUAGAAGAUGUUCAGUUGGAAAAGGUUUCUGCUCACAGCUUGAAAGAUGUAGAGGCAGAUGCAAUUUCUGAUGAUGGCUUCGUAAUCGUCAAGCCUUCAUCAGAAAUUCCUCUGUUGAAGAAAGGGGAAUUGGACAAAGUUGUUUCGGAUGAUCUCUCAAAAGAUGAGCAAAUCUACAUUGAAGAUGAUAGUGCAGAGGGAGAAAGUGAUGGCGAUGGUGAAAUUACUGAGGCAUCUGAGAGAGAAGAAGAUAAUGGUGUUGAAGGAGAUGAAAUUGAUGAUAUGCAUUUAGAAAUGGAAGUGAGUGAAAAAGAAUUUGUUGUGUUUUGCAGUGCUAAAGGAGAAAUUAAUGAGGAGAAAUCUGUACUUCAUCCAUCACCAGUGAACAUUCUCAACGUCGAUAAGGAAGAGCCGAUUUCAACAGAAGAGGUGGAGGAAACCACGAUAAAUGGUGAGCUGAAUGAGAAUGGGGAUAUGUUGCAGCAACCCGAUUCUCAGACAGGCGAGGAUGAUGCAAAGAGGGCGAAUGAAGAGGAAGUCGAAGAUCAUUUGACUGAUAACGGAGAUGGUGAAGCUACAAUGAGUAAAGUUGCAAAUGGGGAAGUUGAUAGGGAAGAUGGUGUGGUUAUGGAUUAUGGUGUUGAUAGAAGAGGUGAUUCUUCGAAGUGGGAGGCGCUAUGGCAAGCAGAAUGGCCAAAGAGGUCGGCUGUGGUGUCUCAGAGAGUCAAGCUCGUGAGCUACGAAGUGGGAGGGAAAGUUCGGGAAGAUUCUGAGGCAGUGAUCGGUAAGUACACGAUGGAGAUGGGGAUGGUGAAGGAGGAUCAAGCGAGUUCGACUAGGGUGAAAAUGAUGGUCUGGGCGCUGUCUUUGCUAUCUUCGCUCUGGUGCUCCUGGUUCUUCAAUCUGUCUUUUGCUAAGCUCUGCCUCGUCGUGUUCCUCACCGCAUUCCUGCUGGAAAUCUACGGCUAUUCGCUGAUUAAUCGCCAGAAGGCUGCAAAAGGGGAAACUGAGAAAUUGGGUAAUAUGUGAUGAUAUUUAGUAUAGCAGAUGUUAGAGGUGUCCUAAGAUUGGAGGUGUUUGUCACUGAAAUAAUGUAUUGGCAAUUUGGCAUGCUGUAAUAAUUCUCUUUGAAUCUUGGCAUGAAAAACACAGUACACACAGUGUGAUAGUAUAUGGUUGUAAGGUUGUUUGGUUUUGA